AUGUCACUACCUUCUGGCAAGGCUCCGGGUCCGGACGGAUUUACGACUAGUUUUUUCAAGAGCUGCUGGGAUCUGAUUGGUCCAGAUGUCACGGCUGCACUGAAUCAGUUAUUUAAUCUUAGGGGUAAGAGAUGGAAUCUCCUCAACUCUGCACAAAUAACCUUAAUCCACAAGUCAGAUGAUGCUGUCCGUGUUAAGGACUUCCGCCCCAUAAGUUUGAUGCAUUCAGUGGCUAAGAUUCUGUGUAAAACACUCUCUCUCAGGCUUGCACCCUUCCUCUCCACUUUGGUGCCAUACUCUCAAAGUGCUUUCAUCCAGACUAGAUGCAUACAGGACAAUUUUCUCUAUGUGAAGAAUGCAAUUCGUAUGCUGUACAAAAAUAAGGAGCCUAGCCUCUUCCUGAAGCUUGAUAUUGCUGGUGCUUUUGACUUGGUCUCUUGGGGUUAUUUGCUGGAACUGAUGCAGCGGCUAGGCUUUGGCGCCAAGUGGUGUGACAUGAUCAGCCUGAUCUGGGGUUCUGCUUCAUCGAGAGUUAUGGCAAACGGCGAACUUGGAAAUCGUUUUUAUCACCGUCAAGGUCUGAGGCAGGGUGACCCUCUGUCACCUAUGCUUUUCACGAUUGCGAUCGCGCCGUUGCAUUGGCUGUUUCUAAAGGCUACUACUGUUGGUGCUCUGACUCCACUUCAUCUGCCGCCUUCUCAGCUGCGGGUGAGUCUAUAUGCCGAUGAUGCUGCCCUAUUUUUAUCUCCGACUUCUAGGGACAUUGAGGUCUGCAAAGGAAUUUUUUGUGCUUUUGGCAGCGCCUCUGGACUAUGUGCUAACCUUACCAAGAGUGGUGUCUACCCUGUUUGUUGUGAAGAGCUUGACCUUCAGGCUUUGUUGCAAGCCUUCCCAAUCGCGGUGAUGCAAUUCCCAUGCAAAUACCUCGGCCUGCCAUUACACUACAGGAAGAUCUCGAGGAACGAUGUGCAGCCAACCCUGGACAAGAUGGCCUCGAAACUGCAAAGAUGGCGUGGCAAACUGCUCUCAAGCGAUGCGAGGGUGCGGCUGGUUAACUCGGUCCUCUCUGCCAUCCCCACAUACCUCAUCUCGGUGUUCAAGUUGGACAUAUGGGCCAUCAAACAAAUUGACAAACUCCGAAGGAACUUCCUAUGGAGAUCCAAACCGGAGGCCUCUGGAGGAAUUGCACUUCUGAAUUGGGCCACGGUCUGUCGCCCAAAGAGGCUUGGAGGUCUCGGUGUGCUGGAUAUCAGGAAGUUUGGGCGUGCUCUUCGGCUUCGCUGGAUGUGGUUAGAUAAGCAAAGGGAGAUCAGGCCUUGGACUGGCUCCGUUAUUCCUUGUGAUGAGGUCGACCAGGCACUUUUCAGAGCAUCCUCCACGCUUAAUUUUGGGAAUGGCAGGGACACCUCCUUCUGGCAUGACAGGUGGCUUGACGGCCAAGCUCCCAAAUUCAUGGCCCCUGAUCUGUUUGUACUAAGCACCAAGAAGAAGAUUAGCGUUUCCGAGGCAAUCAAUGGCCAGGCCUGGAUGGCAGGAUUGCGGCGCAUCACUCAGACCUCGCAGCUUCGUCAGUACACACACCUUUGGCUUAGACUACAACAGGUUCAGCUUAACUCUGAAGUAGAUUCAGUCUCUUGGAAGGGCACCACGGAUGGUGUUUACUCUGCACGGUCAGCUUAUCAAUACCAGUUCAUGGGCUCAUACUCCAGUAUCAAUUUUGAGAAGCUUUGGAAGACCAAGGUGGAGGGAAAAUGUCGCUUCUUCAUGUGGCUGUGGUUGCGAGGUCCCUCAUGCCAACUGUUGCCCUCUAUGCGAUCAGGAGGAGACACCCUUCCAUCUAAUUCUGAAGUGCUCCUUUUCUAGGGAUGUUUGGCAUCAGGUGGCCUGUUUGUGUGAGACUAUGGAAAUUGCGUCAAAUGCCCAGGCCGCGGCUUCCAUCUCUGAAUGGUGGAAUGAUCUAACUUGUUCUUUGGCUAGGAAGGACAUGGUCACGGCAAUUUACACCUGCUGUCAGAUUUGGAAGGAGCGGAACAGGCGGGUCUUUGAGCAUGUUUCCCUUACAGCAGACGGUGUUCUUCAUCUUAUCAGACAGGAUCUUCGGCUACCCACAACAACCAUGCACUGGCUAUCAGACUGCGAGAAUGACCCACCA